AUGGACGUGCUUUACUACAACCUGCUGCUCGCCGCGCUGCGCGCCCGCCAGGAGGCCGGCGUCGCGUACUACGGCGCGUUCGUCGCCGACCUUGAGCCCGUGCCGCCCGACCUCUACGCGCACUGGGUGCCGCCGCCCGGCUCCUUCGCCGUGCAGCGCGCCGACGGCGACGACGACGAGCGCGGCGCGGAGGACGAGGACGCGGCGGGGCGGGACGGCGCGGACGACACGGACGCGGACGCGGGGGAGCACGCGGGGUCGGACGGCGAGGGGGGGGCGGACGACGCAUCGGCGGAAGCGGUGGUUGCGCGCAGGGGUCCGGGCAGGCCGCGGUCGGCGCGGAGCCGGCCGGGCGCGUCAGCAGGCGGGGCAGCGGCGGGCGGGGAGAGCGGCGACGCGGCGGCGAGCGAGGAGACGAUGAUGCCCGCGUGGCUGAAGGAGCUCAUCGCGGCGGACAGAGAGAGGGCCGCGCUGCAGCAGCAGGGCGGGGAGCAGGGCGGGGGCGAGCAGGCGCAGCAGCAGGGGGCGGAGGGGUUGUCGUUCCCCGUGGUAGACAGCAACAUGAUCCGCGGGUCGUUCCCCGCCGCCGUGGCCGCCGUGCGCUUCCUGGAGCGCGCCAGACGCCGCCUGGGGGGGCUGCCGGGGCGCACGGGGGAGGUGGAGAUGGGCGGAGGGGUGGGCGGGGAGGGGGAGAAGUGGAAGGACCGCCUGGCGGAGGAGAUGAUGACGUCAGCGCUGGGGGUGAAGGGCACGCUGGGGUCGCGGGAGGGCGGGCGAGGGCGGGAGGGCGGGGGGGAUAAGAUAGAGCGGUGGACGCCCAACGAGGACGCCAUCCUGCUGGUGGGGCGCGUGCUCUUCGGCACCCGCUGGAUCAGCAUCGAACGCAUCCUGCCCGGCCGGUCCAUCCAGGCGAUCAAGACGCGGUGGCUCAACUACCUCAAGGGGCUCUUCCGCCGCCACCGCUGGUGCACCUCCGCCCUCGCCCCCCCCCUCUCCAAGGAGGCCGCCGCCUACCUCCCCCCGCCUCCCUCCCCGCCGCCCACCCCUCCCCCCGCGCCCGCCCCUUCCACGUCAGCAGCCACUGAGGCUGUGUCAGCAGAGGCACGCGCGUCCACCCCUCCGCCCUCUGCUGCUGCGGCUGCUGCUGCCAGUGCCCCCCCUGCACCCCACCCCCGCCUCUCUCUCCCCCUGCCCGCAUCGGCCACCCCCCCAUCCUCUGCCCCUCCCCUGCCCGGCCCUGUGGGGGCGGCAGGCAGUCAGGGGGCGGCAGGGAGGGCGCUGCUGAGCAUGCCGGCUGUGCCACCCGCUGGAGCAGCCACAGAUGGUGGCGCAGGCAGAGCAGGGGGAACAAUGGGCGCUGCCCCAGGAGCUGCUUCAGGGGCUGCUUCAGGGGCUGCUUCAGGGGCUGCUUCAGGUGCUGCUUCAGGUGGUGCUGGUGGUGGCGUGGCCGCAUCAGCAGUAGGGGUCACGCCAACCAAGCGGUCGCGCUCCCAGUCCUCCCGUGCCCCCGCCGCCACGCCCACGCCUCCCACCGCGGCACAUGGCGGCCAGGAGGAGGGGGGAGGGGAGGAGGAGGCGGGAGGGGAGGAGGAGCGGGUGCGGCGGCACGAGCGGUACCUGACGUGCCUCAUGCUGCGCACUGAGAAGGGCCCGCCGCCGCACUCCCUCUCCACCACGCACGAGCUCUAUUGCUUCGCCUGCAAGUCCUCCGAGGGCCAGCUGUCGCCCUGCUAUUGGUCGGACGAGGCGGUGGCAGCGACGGCGGCGGAGUGGGGCGGUGGGGGAGGGGCGGUGGUGGGGCUGAUUCCCUGCGCCAAGGCUUACCAUGCUCGCUGCGUGCAUGCUGCAGUCAAGGUGAGUCCAUGGGUCAAGGUGAGUCCAUGGGUGAAAGUGAGUCCAUGGGUGAAGGUGAGUCAAUGUGGGAAGCAGGAUUGUUUGAAGUUUGGUGUUUCAGCUCCAUGGCCUUGCCCCCAUGGCCUUGGCCCCAUGGCCGUGCCUUCUCCUUGCAGCAAGCAUGGAGUCUCCUCUCACCUGCGCUUGCCUCUUUGCCGUACUCUCACCCACUCUGCUGCUUCCACCUUCCCUCGCUCGCCGCUCACUCCCACGUCCUGCCUCCUUGCCUUUGCCCACCUACUGUCACUCUCUGCGUUGCAAUCAGGACGGCUGCCCGUUCAUCUGCCCGAGGCAUCAGUGCAAGCAGCGCGGGUGCCGGGCAGCAGUGGCGGUGGUGUGCCGCAGCUGCCCCUCCUCCUGGUGCUCCCUGCACGUGCCACCCUCCUCUCUCGACUGCGAGCCCUCGUUUCUGAGAAGGUUCCGCGUGCAGCCGCAAGUGCGCAUCACCAUCUGCCCCUGCUGCCAGGAGUUGGAGCAAAGUGUGCCCUUCCACAGCCACAGCGCAGGGUGAGCGCUGUGGACGCUCAUGGGGGCAUGGCUGCAGCAGGUGGGAUGGUGGCAGCCGGUGGGGCCAUGGGGGCAGGUGGAGGUGCGCGGGGAGGCGGUGAGAUGCAUGGGGUGGCAGGGAUGGGCAUGGCGACGCAUGGGGUGAUGGGUCAGUAUGCCCCUGUCAUGGGCCAGCAACCCGUCAUGGGCCUUCAGCCACUGCAGCAGCCGCACAUGGGGCAGCAACAGGCGGCACAGCAGCAGGUGAUGGGACAAGGCGUCACGUCAGCAUCAAGGCAGCAGGGGCUUAUCAUGGGGCAGCAUGCAGCAGCAGCAGCAUCGGCAGGGGUGGGAGCUCCAGGCAUGGCAGCAGCCGCAGGUGGGGCAGCAGCGGCAAGGGAGUGGGCGGAGGUGUUGGAGGAGAUUCGGUUUGUGCCCAACAACCGCCCUGCUGACAUCUUCAACCUCCUCCACCUGGUGAGACGCCCCUGCCUGGUGAGACGCCCCUGCCUGGUGAGACGCCCCUGCCUGGUGAGACGCCCCUGCCUGGUGAGACGCCCCUGCCUGGUGAGACGCCCCUGCCUGGUGAGACGCCCCUGCCUGGUGAGACGCCCCUGCCUGGUGAGACGCCCCUGCCUGGUGAGACGCCCCUGCCUGGUGAGACGCCCCUGCCUGGUGAGACGCCCCUGCCUGGUGAGACGCCCCUGCCUGGUGAGACGCCCCUGCCUGGUGAGACGCCCCUGCCUGGUGAGACGCCCCUGCCUGGUGAGACGCGCCUUCAAGGCGAGGUGA